AUGCGCAAGUACUUGUACUUGCAAGUACUCCCGCCCAACGUCCAAAUUUGCGCAGCCUUUUCACCCACCUCCCUCCUGUCCGUCGCCCUUGGCGCGGCGAGCUUUUGGCCUUCACCUGAUACCGGCUCGACUCGACAUGCCGCCUCGCGUGGCGGCCUUCGGGCGAGCGUCCGCCACUCUCGCAACCCUUCGGCGACCACACCUAGCCCCGCGAUCGUGCACCCUCCAGAAUCGAACCUUUUCUCUCUUCCCGUGGAGACGGAGUCAAACGCAAGCUCCCCUCCCGGUUUACUUUGCAAAGUUGCCCUCCCAGGCCCGGCCGGGCGCUUGGAGGAGGCGGCUCGGGUAUGUCCCACCUUGCCUGCGUCCUUUGGUGGCGAGACACUCGAAGCUGACGACCGUAGGCGAGCGGCAUUCACGACGUUGGCAUUCUACGCCUGCUGGCAAAUAUUCGCCACCGUCGUUUUCGAGCCACUGCUCGACUGGGCCGACCACGAAUGGGACUCCCUCUCCGACAAGGAAAAACAGGAAAUGGAGCAACUUGCCGAGGAUGACGAGCCGAUCCUCUUCCUGCCGUUCCCUUUCACAACCAAGGAGGUCCAGCAGCCGCCGUACAAAGGUUCCGACCCUGAAUGGGCCGUAUUUGUUGCCGUUAACAAAGACCAGCAAAUGCAAAAGAACAUCAAGCUGGGCCUCGCUGAAGCCAUCCGACGCGGCGUCGAAAAGAACCCGGCCUACAUCAGCCUCCUCGGAGGUAAAGAUAUCAAGCUGAAGAAACUGUGGCUCGACAUCAUAUACCCUCCGCGACCACCGGCGAAGCACUACGUGGCAGGCAUCAUCAUCGACGAUGACGGCAUCUUCUGGGGAGACCGGCCGAUAGACUCCCUGGCCGCGAGCCACCUCAACAUGGCCAUCUACCCCAAGACCGUUGCCCUCACCUUGUGGACCUUUGUCAAUUCCCUCUUCAAGCAGACGGCAUCCGACGUGGCUAAAGCGCUCGGUUUGAGCACCACAUCCACCCCGGAGCCAACCUGGCAAUCGGUGGCCUUGAAUCGCAUGCGGGAGCAGCGAGCCUUGGGUGGCCAGGGGAAGCAGCCAUCCAACGGGCUGGAGACCCAGCCGGAAAAUUUUCCCAUACACACGGCCGGUGCCGAAAUGGUCGGUACCCCCUUCAACGGCGAGACCCAGAUGGACCCACGCGUGCAGGCAGCCUUGCAAGCGGCUUCGAGGACAUUUUCCAAGAAUUGGCAACCAGCAAAGCCACCUCCCAGCAGGGGCUGCAUCCGCGUUGACGGCCUCGUUGAACUCCAAGGCAAGGCUGCCAUCAUGGCUGUUUACGUCUUUGGCUGGUAUAAUCCCAAACUGCGCAGGUGGGAGAAGAUAGACACGUCGUUGAAGCACCUCAUCUCGGUCAAGCAGAGGCCGUCGGACGGCUGA